AGAACAUGACAAAUAAAAAUUUUCUCCAGCUCAGUUCAUUCGUUGACAAUGAAGACUCUGGUAUUUUUGUGUGUUUUCUUUGCACUCACCGUUGUCCAUGUACAUGGCCAACCGUGGACGGGCUCUCCAUGGAUUCCUGCGCCGAAUGUACAACAAGAUUGGAUGCCCUGGAGUUGGAUGGAGCGAUUCCAAGAGAACGUUGCCAACUCAAGAGUAAACGGUUCCAACCUCAACGUCAUAUUCUAUGGUGACUCUAUUGUAGAAGGUUGGGGCUGGAAUACAGCGCUUUGGGAACAAUCUUUUGGCCGUUUGGGUGCGGCAAACUAUGGAAUCGGUGGAGAUGGUACCCAGAAUGUUCUGUGGCGUAUAAUCAAUGGGGAAGUAGAUAAUAUAUCUCCACGCGUUGUUGUUAUCAUGAUCGGUACAAACAACAUUGGAUCGUUUUCGGAAGCUGACGUGGCACGUGGCAUCUCUGCAAUUAUAGACGAACUUCGCAUUCGACUUCCGAACAGUAGAAUUUUGGUUUUAGGAAUUCUGCCAAGAACCAACAGUGCUACAACUGCUACGGUCGAACAAGUGAAUACGAUCGUCUCUGCACGAGAAAACCUCAACACAAUUCGAUUCUUGAAUAUGAGAGAUUCGUUCUAUCUAAAUGGACAAUUUUUCACGCAGCUUUUCAGUUCCGCGGACUUACUUCACUUGUCGGCGGCUGGCUACCUACGAUGGGAUGAAACGAUGCACCCAUUAUUCAAUCAAAUGUGGAAUGCACCGUAAAAAGUCUACUUCCGUUUGAACAUAAUAAAAAUCAUGAACAGA